CACUCUGGACGCUCCACCAGACUGUGUUUACAUCGAGCCUCGACCUACCUGCAGACUGUAGGUCACAUUCAGGGGGUUUGUGAGAGAGACUGCCAACAUAUUUUACCCCUGUGGCUUUUAAGUGGACUUUGGUCAAACAGUCAACCUGUUACUUGGUUGCAACUGGACGGCGUAAAUAGUUUUUUGUAGUUUUUUCAGUAGUUUUGUAGGGUUUGUUUUCUUCAAGGGCAACAGCUGGGCACAACAUGUACAGCAGCGGCUACCCUCGCACCACCUUUGCCCUGCAGCCCAAAGACAUCCACAGGUCCAAGGGAAAAAGCUGUGGCUACUACCUGCGGAUAGUCUUCUUCUUCUCCUCACUCAUCCAGACGCUCAUCAUCGUCAGCCUGGUGCUCUUCCUCGUCUACGGCCAGCCAGAGAAGUCAGCCGAGGAGAAGCACGUGGACGAGCUGAGCGAGAAUUUCAAGAGGGUCUCCCUGAACAACCUGGAGCUGAGGAAGGACAAAGCCGACCUGGGGGCAACUUUGGGCAAUACCAACAAGGAGAAGGCUGCACUGGAGAAAGAUGUGGCCAAGCUGAAGACUGACCUGGAGGCCUCCAAGAACAACACAGAGAUGGAGAAACUGAAGCUGGGUCGGUGUGUGAUAGACAAAAAGAGAAUAGAGAUGACACGAUCUACUCCAAUUCAGUGUCCAACAGCAGUUGUAAGGAACCCAUUUAUGAGGGAUGCUGAGAAACAUCAUGACCGCCUGAUAGAACUGGUGGAGAAGAAUUUCACACUGAAAGUCGAGGACCUGCAGAGGGACUUGGACAGCGCCAAGACCGCUCGGGACCAGUACCAAAUAGGUGCCAUUGAGGCCAGACGAGAGAACGAGGAGCUGAAGGAGCGGCUGAAGCGCUACACCCAGACGUGCAAGGAGGACUUCUCCAAGCCCCUGGAGGGCAUCCAGGAUGUGACGGCCGCCUUCCUGGCCAAAAUCAACAACGUCUUCCCCCACUCGCUCACCUUCCACCUGACCUGCGAGAAGCAGCAGGAGCAGCUGAACAAUAUCCGCACCAACUGCACCAACCUGUCGCGCCAGGUGGAGGACAAGUACCAGAGCUACCUGGACCGGGUGGGCAACCAGGUGGCCCAGCUGCAGGGCGUCCGGAGUGAGUUGGAGGUGCAGAACCAGCGGCUGGUCGGCGGACUCCAGACCUGCAAGAACGAACUGGCUGGCCUGAAGGAGAAGACCAGCCAGCAGAACGUUGACGCCGCGCAAAAGUACGACAGGGACAUCCGAGAGCAGCUGAAGGACAAGGAGCAGCUUAGGGUGGAGAUUGAACUGCAUAAGCUUAAGCUGGACCAGUGCAAAUUCCAGCUGUCUGCUGUUCCCAAGCCCCCUGCUCCAAAGCCUUUUAUGCCACCUGGAAUGCCACCUGUCCAGACAGGGUAAGAUGAACACUUGAAGAAUGAAGUACCAACAAGACACAACAGCAGCAUUUAUAGUAUCAUCUUGAACAUUUCUUUCAAAAGGAAGAAAGGGCAUAAAAGCCUUUAAAUCACUGGUCUUAUGAUGAAUGCUUUGCCAUGUGAAGUGCACUUGUUUUCUGUUGCUUUUCAUAUGCACUUAAUUGUAAAAUAAUUUAUUUGCUUUUCACUGCAAUCCAGAUAAUGACCAAGCUGUUUUAGAAUGAAAUGCUGCCUGGAGUAUGCAAAUAAUCAAAUGAUGUAUAAAGGUUUUAUGAGUGUCAUAUUUGAUACAAUGACAUUAAUGUAUUGUAAAAUAAAAAAUAAAAUAAAACAAUAGCAAAUGCAGCUGUGAACUUUAGUUAUGUAAGCUAUGUACAGUAUGAUUUUGGUGUCAGACAAGGUAAACACAACAUUAUGUUCAUAAAGGAAAUAAAAUCCAAAUCGAAUGUGUACAUACAUUUUUACAAUGUUAUGUUUUAUAUAUAAUUUUCAUCUUUAUUUGCAAUUCUAUAUGUAUGGUCUCUUUUUUUAUGUUGAUUCAAAUAAAUGUAACUUGAUCAA